CUUAAAGAUAGACGUAGAUCAGCAGUAGGAAGGGCUGUGGCUUCAAGAGACAGGCAGGUUUGAAAGAAGUGAAACUAAACUUGAGAAAGAAGUAUGUUAGGUAAUAGUCUGUACACGCAGAUAAAUAGCUUGAGGGGAACUUUGCACAACUGCUUGUAAGUGUAAGUUGAAGCAAGACAGAAACUGAAGGAAAGGCCCUGAAAUAAAGGCAUUAGCAGCUGCUUCAAAGCAUCAGUGUUAGAUAGGCAGGAAGAGAGGCAGAGGGAGGCAGCAGCAGAGAGAAAGAGGGCUGGAACAGAAAACAAGACAGGGCAGAGGCUGCUUUCGUUCAAGAGUGUUACUGAUCUUACUGAAGGCUUCCUGUGUCAGCACCAUGGGAAAGUCAGCCUCCAAGCAGUUUUCUGAAGAGGUGCUGCAGUGCCAUAAUGAGUACAGGAGGAAGCACCAGGCUCCGCCAUUGAAGCUGAGCAGCAAGUUGAGCAGAGAGGCUACCCGUUAUGCUGAAAGUCUGGCCAGCACACGGAUCCUGAAACACAGCGUGGAGUCCAGUAGAGGGAGCUGUGGGGAGAACCUGGCGUGGGCCUCCUAUGACCAAUCAGGGAAGGAUGUUGCAGACCGCUGGUACGAUGAAGUGAAACAGUACAACUUCAACCGUCCUGGAUUCUCCUCUGGCACUGGUCAUUUCACAGCAAUGGUGUGGAAGAGCAGUAAUAAGCUGGGUGUGGGUAAGGCCACUGCAUCAGACGGCUCUUCCUUCGUGGUGGCCAGAUACUUCCCCGCUGGGAAUAUCACUAACCAGGGACACUUUGAGAACAACGUCCUCCCAGCCAAAACCUCCACCUAAUGAUGUCUAGAUCCACAACACUUGACUCAAGCCCAAAGGCAGUUAUUCCUUGUUUCCAGGAGAGUCUGAAGUGAUCUGUCUGCACUGCUAUGAAGAAUACUCAGGAGAACACCACUCCUUGCCAAGUACAGAUACAAAUUACUGCGAUCUUGUACAGUAUGGAUUUUAAAAGAUGAAAUGCACUCUGGUUUACAGUCCUCUGUUUGUCAUUUGAAAAGGUACCUGUGUAUGAUAGAGUUUAGAAUGAAAGGAGCACUACUGUUUGACAUUGCUAACAAAACAUUUAGUGAGCAUUUUGCUUUUUUUAAUCUUGAUUUUCAUGUUCAUUUGCAUUUCCUGUGACAGUAUUUCAUGAAUUAAUGCCAAUACUAUCAAAUUUUGACACACUGAUAUGCAUCAUAGUUUCACAAUUGCAUUUGGGUGGUUGACGUGACGCUCAAUUUUUGUGUUCCCAGUGACAAAUAUUACUAAAAUUUUAUAAUAUUUCAUUAAAAUUAAUGUUUUAAUAUGCAGUUCAUUCUUCUACAUCUAAUCCAUCUGCAAACAAUGAGUAUCGUUCUUCAACUAUGCAAAUAUUCUGUUUUGAACAUGACAUUUGUCCAUCGGUGCAACUGUCUUAGGUAGCAUUACUUAUCUUAAAACAACUGUAAUUUAAUGAAAAAUUCAUCUAAAUACAUUAAAAUACUUGAAUGCAUGUCAUACGAGUGUUUACUUAAUGAAUCUAGAGGAUAUAAGUGUUAAGGUCCCUAUGUAGAGUUAUUAUGACACAUUACAUUUUGUCCUCCUGGAGCAACGCCAUGAUGUAGAUAUAAAACAGGCAUUAAUGUGACCACCCCAUUACUGAGAGGGGUCCUUCCAGAACCAGGAAGGACAGAAGAAUCUCUGGACACAAGAUCACUUCUGGCUCAAAUAUUUUCAUAAUAUUACUAUUUCCGUACAGUGUUGGAACUGGUCGUCUUAAGGUAGUCCUUUGGUACAACGCAGUUUAAGUAUUGAUCUGAAUAUUUUUGUCAA